GGAAAUGUGGGGUUCGCUGCGCGCCGCUAACGCCGAGGAAAGGAAGUUGGCCUCGGGGCGGUCUGGGCUGUGUGGGCAAGGCCGCGGGCGGUAGCGGCGGCUGCUUCGACCAGCUGAGGGCGGCACGAUGGGAGACGAGAUGGAUGCCAUGAUCCCCGAGCGGGAGAUGAAGGAUUUUCAGUUUAGAGCACUGAAGAAGGUGAGAAUCUUUGAUUCCCCUGAGGAGUUGCCCAAAGAACGCUCAAGUCUGCUUGCUGUGUCCAACAAAUACGGUCUGGUCUUUGCUGGUGGAGCCAGUGGGUUGCAGAUUUUUCCUACUAAAAAUCUCCUUAUUCAAAAUAAACCUGGAGACGAUCCCAAUAAGAUAGUUGAUAAAGUUCAAAGCUUGCUGGUUCCUAUGAAAUUCCCGAUACAUCACCUGGCGCUGAGCUGUGAUAACCUCACACUGUCCGUGUGUAUGAUGUCCAGUGAAUAUGGUUCUAUUAUCGCUUUUUUUGAUGUUCGCACAUUCUCGAAUGAGGCUAAGCAGCAGAAACGCCCAUUUGCCUACCAUAAGCUUUUGAAAGAUGCAGGAGGCAUGGUGAUUGAUAUGAAGUGGAACCCCACUGUUCCCUCGAUGGUGGCACUUUGUCUGGCCGAUGGCAGCAUCGCUGUCCUACAAGUCACAGAAACGGUGAAAGUGUGUGCGACUCUUCCUUCCACAGUAGCAGUAACGUCUGUGUGCUGGAGCCCCAAAGGAAAGCAGCUGGCGGUGGGAAAGCAGAACGGAACUGUGGUCCAGUACCUUCCUACUUUGCAGGAAAAAAAAGUCAUCCCUUGUCCUCCAUUUUAUGAGUCAGAUCAUCCUGUCAGAGUUCUGGAUGUGCUGUGGAUCGGUACAUAUGUCUUCACGAUAGUGUAUGCUGCUGCAGAUGGGACCUUGGAAACUUCCCCAGAUGUGGUGAUGGCUUUACUUCCAAAAAAAGAAGAAAAGCACCCAGAGGUAUUUGUGAACUUUAUGGAGCCCUGCUACGGCAGCUGCACGGAGAGACAGCAUCAUUACUACCUCAGUUACAUUGAAGAAUGGGAUUUAGUGCUGGCAGUAUCUGCAGCUUCAACAGAAGUUAGUAUCCUUGCUCGACAAAGUGACCAGAUUAAUUGGGAAUCUUGGCUCCUGGAGGAUUCUAGUCGAGCUGAACUUCCUGUGACAGACAAGAAUGAUGAUUCCUUGCCCAUGGGAGUUGCCGUAGACUACACUAACCAAGUGGAAAUCACCAUCAAUGAUGAGAAGACUCUUCCUCCUGCUCCCGUUCUUAUGUUACUUUCAACAGAUGGUGUGCUUUGUCCAUUUUAUAUGAUCAAUCAAAAUCCCGGGGUUAAGUCCCUCAUCAAGACACCAGAACGGCUCUCAUUAGAAGGAGAGCGACAACCCAAAUCAUCAGGAAGUACUCCCACUACCCCAACCUCCUCUCAGGCCCCGCAGAAAUCCGAUGCUUCAGCGGCUGCAGCUCCUGUCUCUGUCUCCCCUUCAUCGCUGGCUGCUCCCACCUCCACCUUCUCUUUGCCUUCUGCUGUCGGAGCCCCUGCCGUGUUCUCCUUUGCUUCUUCAUCCUUGAAAUCAUCUGGUUCUGUCACUGGGGAGCCCCCUCCGUAUUCCAGUGGCUCUGACAAUUCUAAAGCAGCCCUGGGCUCUGGUGCAUCCACCUUCUCUUUUGCUUCUCCUGCUCAAGCCUCCCUAGCUCCCACCCCUGCAGCCUCUCCCUUGGCACCAUCAGCUGCUUCGUUCUCCUUUGGAUCAUCGAGUUUUAAGCCUACCCUGGAAAGCACACCAAUGCCAACUGUGUCUGCUCCAAACAUAGGAAUGAACCCCUCCUUCCCAGUGCCAGCCUCUGCAGUCAAGGUCAACCUUAGCGAAAAGUUUACUGCCGUGGCUACCUCUGCUCCUGUUAAUAGCUCACAGAGCGCACCCUCGAUGGCGCCAUUCUCCUCUGCCUCCAAACCAGCUUCUUCUGGACCUCUCAGCCACCCUGCACCUCUCUCAGCAUCACCCAGUUCCAUGGCAUCAAAGUCUUCAGUCUCUGCCUUGGCAUCAGGGCGAUCUGCUCAGGGCAGUCCAAGUGCAGUGCCCUCAAUGGUACAGAAAUCACCUAGGAUUACCCCUCCAGUGGCCAAGUCAAGCUCCCCCCAGACAAAAUCACUUCAGCCACCUGUCACAGAAAAGCAGGGACAUCAGUGGAAAGAGUCUGAUCCUGUGAUAACUGGAAUUGGGGAGGAGAUCGCUCACUUUCAGAAGGAGUUGGAAGAGUUGAAAGCCCGAACUUCCAAAGCCUGUUUCCAAGUUGGCACUUCUGAGGAGAUGAAGAUGCUGCGAACAGAAUCAGAUGACUUGCACACCUUUCUUUUAGAGAUUAAAGAGACCACAGAGUCUCUUCAUGGGGAUAUAAGUACCCUGAAAACAACUUUACUUGAGGGCUUUGCUGGUGUUGAAGAAGCCAGAGAACAAAAUGAGAGAAAUCGUGACUCUGGAUAUCUACAUUUGCUCUAUAAGAGACCACUGGACCCCAAGAGUGAAGCUCAGCUCCAGGAAAUUCGGCGCCUUCAUCAAUAUGUGAAAUUUGCUGUCCAAGAUGUGAAUGAUGUUCUAGACUUGGAGUGGGAUCGGCAUCUGGAACAAAAGAGGAAACAAAAGCGCCUGCUUAUGCCAGAGCGAGAGACGCUGUUUAACACCCUGGCCAACAACCGGGAAAUCAUCAACCAACAGAGGAAGAGGUUGAAUCACCUGGUGGACAGUCUCCAGCAGCUCCGUCUGUAUAACCAAACCUCCCAGUGGAGCCUCCCCUCAGAUGUGUCCUCCCAGAGCAGCACUCACAGUUUUGACAGUGACCUUGAAAGCCUGCGCAAUGCUUUGCUGAAAACCACCAUAGAAUCUCACACCAAACCCUUGACCAAAGUACCAGCUAAACUGUCCCCUGUGAAACAGGCACAACUGAGAAACUUCUUGGCCAAGAGGAAGACCCCACCGGUGAGAUCCACUGCUCCAGCGAGCCUGUCUCGAUCAGCCUUCCUGUCCCAGAGAUAUUAUGAAGACUUGGAUGAAGUCAGCUCCACGUCAUCCAUUUCCCAGUCUUUGGAGAGUGAAGACGCACGAGCAUCCUGUAAAGAUGAUGAGGCUGUGGUCCAGGUCCCUCGGCAUGCCCCGGUGGUUCGCACUCCUUCCAUCCAGCCCAGUCUCUUGACCCAGGCAGCUCCUUUUGCUAAACCUCACCUGAUUCAUGGUUCGCCUGGUAUGAUGGGAGCUUCAAUGUCCACGUCUGCUAGCAAAAUUAUUCCUCAGGGGGCUGACAGUACAAUGCUUGCAACAAAAACUGUGAAGCAUGGUGCACCUGGUCCUUCCCACACCAUCCCAGCACCCCAGGCAGCCGCCGUUGCAGCUCUGAGACGGCAGAUGGCCAAUCAGGUGCCAGGUAUAAGUACUUUGACUGAAUCAACUUUGAAGAAUGUCCCUCAAGUAGUAAAUGUGCAGGGAUUGAAGAAUAAUCCUACAACCAUCUCUGCAGCGAUGAGUUCUUCAAUGCCAUACUCUACAGCCAAAACACCUCACCCAGUGUUGAACCCAGUGGCUGCUAACCAAGCUACGCAGGCAUCGCUAAUAAAUUCCGUAAAGCCGUCUGGGGCCACACCAGCGUCCAGCCAGUUGUCAUCUGCUGAUAAAGCUUCAGGGCCAGGGGGAGCAAAGAUUGAAACAGCUGUGACUUCUACACCAUCAUCUGCCGUUGGGCAGUUCAGCAAGCCUUUCUCAUUUUCUCCAUCAGGGACUGGCUUUAAUUUUGGGAUAAUCACACCAACACCGUCUUCUAACUUCACUGCCACACAAGGGGCAGCACCCCCCACUAAAGAGUCAACCCAGCUUGACGCAUUCUCCUUUGGUGGGGGCGGCAAACCUUUUUACGAGACCAUUCCUGAAAGCUCCCCUCCCUCGGGAAUGACAACCUCGCACACCACCGGAGCUGCCAUGGCUUCUGCAGGAGGGUCUACUCCAUCGAGCAGCAGACCUGCGGCACCUUCUGGAAGUGCUCUUUCCACCCCCUCUAGCAAGCUGGAAACUCCGCCAUCCCAGUUGGGGGAGCUUCUGUUUUCGAGUUCUUUGGCUGGAGAGACUCUAGGAAGUUUUUCAGGACUGCGGGUUGGCCAAGCAGAUGAUUCUGCAAAGCCGGCCAAUAAGGCUUCAUCCACAGGCCUAACUAGCGCACAGCCAACCAAGGCGUCAACCGUCCCCUCGGGGUUUAGUUUCACUGGCCCUCCAGUGUUAGGCAAGCACGUGGAGCCCCCUGUGACCUCUUCUGUGACCGCCACCACAGUAGCACCAGCAGCCGCAGCCAGCACAAGCACUAGCAGUUCCUCGACUGGCGUCUUUGGCAGUCUGCCACUCCCCAGUGCGGCAUCCUCUGGGGUACUCAAUUUUGGUGGGUUAUCUCUAAGUGGUAGCAAGACUAGUUUUUCUUUUGGAAGCCAGCAGACGAGUAAUACGGUGCCCCCAUCUGCCACACCAUCAGCUACCGCUGCCACUCCCCUUCCUACGUCAUUCCCCACAUUGUCAUUUGGUAGCCUCCUGAAUUUAGCGUCUGCUCCCACCCUGCCUGUGUCCUCUGGUAAAAGCACGGAGGAGGCCCCAUCAUCAGCUUUGCCCGAGAAGCCAGGCAACGUUGAGGUCUCGGCAUCAACAGCCUCGCUUCUAGGGCAGCAGCAGUCAGCCCUGCUUCCUCAGGCUCCUCUGCCAACUUCUGACCCUGUUAAAAAAGAACCUGCUCUUGCCCAGCCCACAGUCAGCAACGCCAGUGCUGCAGCAUCUAGUACCAGUCUCAUAGCGCCUUCUACAGAGGCCACUCCAGCAGCCCCCGGGGUCCCUGACGUCAAGGCGGAACCGGCAUCUCCUGCUGCCCCCCUUUCGGUGCCCAGGCAGACUGCCGUCACAGCAACUACAAUCCCAAGUGCAGCCCCUGUGGCCGUAGAAACAUCAAGCCCCCCCACAACCUCUAGUGCUGUUUCCAGUGUUGCUCCCAGCCCAGCUCCAGAGACAGCAGUGCUUGGGACUGUCACUUCUGGCUCUUCUGUCUUCACUCAGCCACCUGCCGCCAGUUCUAGCUCAGCUUUCAGCCAACUCACCAGCAAUACAGCCACUGCCCCCUCUGCUGCCCCCAUGUUUGGGCAGGUGGCAGCCAGCACUGCACCAAGCCUGUUUGGGCAGCAGACAGGCAGCAUCACCAGCACGGCAGCUGCCACGCCACAGGUCAGCAGCUCAGGGUUUGGCAGUCCAGCUUUUGGCACCUCAGCCACAAUGGUCUUUGGACAGACGACCUUUGGGCAGGCGCCGGCAUUUGGGCAGUCGACCAGCAGCCCUGCGAGUGGCUUUCCCUUCAGUCAGCCUGGGUUCAGCUCCGUGCCCGCCUUUGGUCAGUCUGUGUCCUCCACCCCCACGUCUACUAGUGGGAAUGUCUUUGGUGCCUCUUCAAGCACCAGUAGCUCCAGCUCCUUCUCAUUUGGACAGUCUUCUGCCAACGCAGGAGGGGGGCUCUUUGGCCAAAGCAACCCGCCUGCUUUUGGUCAGAGUCCUGGCUUCGGGCAAGGAGGCUCUGUGUUUGGAGGCACCUCGGCCGCCACCACGACAGCAGCAUCCUCUGGGUUUAGCUUUUCUCAAGCUUCAGGUUUUGGGUCUAGUAAUACUGGUUCUUUGUUUGGUCAAGCAGCCAGUACUGGUGGAACAGUCUUUGGCCAGCCAUCAUCCUCUUCCAGUGGUAGCGUGUUUGGGUCUGGAAACACUGGAAGAGGAGGAGGUUUCUUCAGUGGCCUUGGAGGGAAACCCAGCCAGGAUGCAGCCAACAAAAACCCAUUCAGCUCGGCCAGCGGGGGCUUUGGAUCUACAGCCACCUCAAAUACCUCUAACCUAUUCGGAAACAGUGGGGCCAAGACCUUUGGUGGAUUUGCCAGCUCAUCAUUUGGAGAGCAGAAACCUACCGGCACUUUUAGCUCUGGAGGAGGAAGUGUUGCAUCCCAAGGCUUCGGGUUUUCCGCUCCAAAUAAAACAGGUGGCUUCGGUGCUGCUCCAGUGUUUGGCAGCCCUCCUACUUUUGGGGGAUCCCCUGGGUUUGGAGGGGUGCCAGCAUUCGGUUCAGCCCCAGCCUUUACAAGCCCUCUGGGCUCGACGGGAGGCAAAGUGUUCGGAGAGGGUACUGCAGCUGCCAGCGCAGGAGGAUUCGGGUUUGGGAGCAGCAGCAACACCACAUCGUUUGGCACCCUUGCAAGUCAGAACGCUCCGACUUUCGGAUCGCUGUCCCAACAGACUUCUGGGUUUGGAAGCCAGAGCGGGGGAUUCUCUGGCUUUGGCUCGGGCGGAGGAGGUAGGCAGCCAGACGUUCUUCCCUCACAGUGUUCCCUCCUGCCUUUUCCUCAGUAA